AUGGCACCCAGUUUUGAUUUUGCUAGUCUUCUUUGUACUGAAGACAUCAGUUUUUUCGAUGAAAAUGAUUUGGAGGGUUCAAUGGAGGUUUUAGAUGAACCAUGGCAAGUUGAAUAUGAUCCUCCAAUCCUUGAUGAACCACAGCAAUUGGAUGAACCAAUUGGGUCGGUUCCACCAUUGCUGAGUGAUGAGAGUGUGAAGGUUUUGAUUGGAAAAGAAUGCUAUCAUGUGCCUGCUAGUGAUUAUGUUAGUAGGUUGAAAAUUGGGGAUUUGGAUUUGGAGGGUAGAAUGGAAGCCAUUGAUUGGAUUCAAAAGGUUGGAAUGCAUUUUGGUUUUGGCCCUCUAUGUCUUUAUCUAGCUGUGAACUUCAUGGAUCGCUUCCUUUCUGCGGUUGAUAUGCUAAAGGAUAGAAUGUGGUCCAUUCAACUCUUGGCUGUGGCUUCCUUGUAUCUUGCAGCCAAAAUUGAUGAGACUGCAGUUCCUCGGUCUCUUGAUAUGCAGAUGAAUGAAAAGAAGUAUUUAUUCGAUAACAAAACAAUACUUAAGAUGGAGCUUAUGAUACUAAGCACAUUGAAUUGGAGAAUGCAUUCAAUCACACCUUUCUCCUUCAUUGACUACUUUCUCAACAAGCUCAACCAUGAUCAAGUUCCAACCGAAGAUUCAUUUGCGCAAUCUUUUCAACUCAUUAUGCGUACUAUCAGAGGAACCGACUUCAUUCAAUUCAAGCCAUCCGAAAUCGCGGCAGCUGUUGCAGUAACAAUAUCCGCCGAAGGCGAAAACCAAACCGUUGAAACUGAUAAAGCAGUUUCUCUUCUGACUCAAUAUGUAGAAAAGGAGAGAGUAAUGAAGUGUAUUGAAAUGUUUCAACAGCUGGAAUCAUCAGAUACUGCUUCUGCAGAGGAUUCUCAAUGCCUCAGCAACAUAAAUGCAACUACUACUUCAUCAUCACUUGCAAAUUCUUCAAAUAAUACUAAUAGCCCUGAAGCCAAACGCAUCAAACCAAACAAAACCUAUGAAGCAUAG